AUGAAGUCGAGAACACGAUACUUGAUAGCGAUUCUACUUGUAAUUUCGCUCUGUUCCAAGGCAAGCAGCCAUGAUGAUGAGAAAAAGAAGAAAGGAGUAACAUACGACGGUUCUGAGCGGAACUUCAUUGAUCAUAAAUGGAAAAAGAGAGCUUCUUUUCUCUGGUUCUGUUCAUUACCCUCGAAGCACACCUCACGUAAGCACAUGUGGCCCAGUAUCAUUGACAAAGCUAGAAUUGGGGGACUUAACACCAUCCAAACUUAUGUUUUCUGGAAUGUCCAUGAGCCUGAACAAGGCAAGUAUGAUUUCAAGGGGAGAUUUGACUUGGUGAAAUUCAUCAAACUAAUCCACGAGAAAGGUCUCUAUGUCACUCUCAGACUCGGACCCUUUAUCCAAGCCGAAUGGAACCACGGAGGGUUGCCGUACUGGCUACGCGAGGUCCCAGAUGUUUACUUCCGUACAAAUAAUGAACCUUUUAAGGAACAUACAGAGAGAUAUGUGAGGAAAAUACUUGGGAUGAUGAAGGAAGAGAAGCUGUUCGCUUCACAAGGAGGUCCCAUCAUCUUGGGACAGAUAGAGAAUGAGUACAACGCGGUUCAGCUAGCCUACAAGGAGAAUGGAGAGAAGUAUAUAAAAUGGGCAGCAAAUUUGGUGGAGUCAAUGAAUCUGGGAAUCCCCUGGGUUAUGUGCAAACAAAACGAUGCUCCUGGCAAUCUGAUUAAUGCUUGUAAUGGAAGGCAUUGCGGAGAUACUUUCCCAGGACCAAACAGACACGAUAAGCCCUCCUUAUGGACCGAGAAUUGGACUACUCAGUUUCGAGUUUUUGGGGAUCCUCCAACACAGAGAACAGUCGAAGAUAUUGCAUUCUCAGUCGCUAGAUACUUCUCUAAGAACGGAUCCCAUGUCAACUACUACAUGUACCAUGGCGGAACAAACUUCGGACGCACGUCUGCUCAUUUCGUUACCACUCGUUACUAUGACGAUGCGCCACUUGACGAAUUUGGUUUGGAGAAAGCUCCAAAAUACGGUCACCUAAAACAUGUGCACAGAGCACUUAGAUUGUGCAAGAAGGCACUUUUUUGGGGUCAACUUCGCGCCCAGACACUUGGUCCCGAUACCGAGGUUAGGUACUACGAGCAGCCAGGGACAAAAGUGUGUGCGGCUUUCUUAUCGAACAAUAACACAAGAGAUACUAAUACGAUUAAAUUCAAAGGUCAAGAUUACGUUUUACCGUCUCGUUCUAUCAGCAUCUUACCGGAUUGUAAAACAGUCGUUUACAAUACUGCACAGAUUGUAGCCCAACACAGUUGGAGAGAUUUUGUCAAGUCAGAGAAGACAAGCAAAGGUCUCAAAUUUGAGAUGUUUAGUGAAAAUAUUCCUUCCUUACUUGACGGUGAUUCUUUGAUUCCGGGGGAGCUUUAUUACUUAACUAAAGACAAAACAGAUUAUGCUUGCGUAAAGAUUGACGAAGAUGACUUUCCAGACCAAAAAGGUCUGAAGACUAUACUGAGAGUAGCGAGUCUUGGUCACGCACUGAUCGUUUACGUUAACGGAGAGUACGCAGGGAAAGCACAUGGACGCCAUGAAAUGAAGAGUUUCGAGUUUGCAAAACCAGUGAACUUUAAAACCGGAGAUAAUCGCAUUUCAAUUUUGGGUGUACUAACCGGAUUACCAGACAGUGGAUCAUACAUGGAACACAGGUUUGCUGGUCCACGUGCUAUUUCAAUCAUCGGUUUAAAGUCAGGAACGCGAGAUUUGACCGAGAACAAUGAAUGGGGACACUUGGCCGGUUUGGAAGGUGAAAAGAAAGAGGUGUACACAGAGGAAGGAUCUAAGAAGGUGAAAUGGGAGAAAGAUGGUAAACGUAAGCCUCUUACGUGGUACAAGACCUACUUUGAGACACCAGAGGGAGUGAACGCGGUCGCGAUUAGGAUGAAAGCAAUGGGGAAGGGAUUGAUUUGGGUUAAUGGAAUUGGCGUAGGGAGAUAUUGGAUGUCUUUCCUUUCUCCACUGGGAGAGCCAACUCAAACGGAGUACCAUAUACCGAGAUCUUUCAUGAAGGGGGAGAAGAAGAAGAACAUGCUGGUGAUUCUCGAGGAAGAACCAGGGGUGAAGUUAGAGUCUAUUGAUUUCGUGUUGGUGAAUAGAGACACAAUCUGUAGUAAUGUCGGGGAGGAUUACCCAGUAUCGGUGAAAUCGUGGAAGAGAGAAGGGCCAAAGAUAGUUUCGAGAAGCAAAGAUAUGAGGCUAAAGGCAGUGAUGAGGUGUCCACCGGAGAAACAAAUGGUGGAAGUACAAUUUGCAAGCUUCGGAGAUCCGACAGGAACUUGUGGUAACUUCACAAUGGGGAAGUGCUCUGCAUCUAAGUCAAAGGAGGUGGUCGAGAAGGAGUGUUUGGGUAGGAAUUAUUGUUCCAUAGUAGUAGCGAGGGAGACUUUUGGGGACAAAGGGUGUCCGGAGAUAGUGAAGACAUUGGCAGUGCAAGUCAAGUGUGAGAAGAAAGAAGGAAAACAAGAUGAGAAGAAGAAGAAAGAAGAUAAAGACGAAGAGGAAGAGGACGAUGAAGAUGAUGAUGAAGAAGAAGAAGAAGAAGACAAAGAGAACAAAGAUACAAAGGAUAUGGAGAACAAAAAUCAAGAUAUUCUUGAUUCCGAUUCUGCCCUGGUGUCGGAUCUAGGUUUUGGCCCUUUCUCUACGGUAGUUGUUAAUGUCCCUCUAAUCGGUGGAGCGGCUCCGCCUCAGCCCCGCUUCAAUUUAAUGCCUCCGUCAAACUAUGUCGCUGGUUUGGGUCGUGGGGCUGCAGGGUUUACUACCCGCUCCGAUAUUGGUCCUGCUCGUGCUAAUGGCGAUGGAAACGCUGACGUGAAUCACAAGUUUGAUGAUUUUGAAGGGCAUGAUGCCGGAUUGUUCGCUAAUGCCGAGAGUGAUGACCAAGACAAAGAGGCUGAUGCUAUUUGGGACGCAAUUGAUAGGAGGAUGGAUUCGAGGAGGAAAGACAGAAGAGAAGCGAAGCUCAAGCAAGAAAUCGAGAAUUACAGAGCCUCCAACCCUAAAGUUUCUGGGCAGUUUGUGGAUUUGACGAGAAAGUUGCAUACUUUGUCUGAGGAUGAAUGGGAUAGUAUUCCAGAGAUUGGGAAUUACUCGCAUAGAUUGUAUUAG